UACCGGCAAGAGCUGAACAAAACAGUAUGGGAGGUGCCGCAGCGGCUGCAGGGCCUCCGUCCGGUGGGCUCCGGCGCCUACGGCUCGGUCUGUCUCCUCCAGAUUCCUAGAAGCUCAGCGUCUUGAGCCUAAGCAGACAUCUACUCUCUUGUCUACACCCUACCCCAGUUUACCCAACAAAGGAUCUCAGAAUAUAGGAUGUACCCCCAGCCCUCCACUGUGAGUAGAGACAGGAUACACCCCUCCACCACCCAUACCUACGGAGUAGGACAGAGGGAGAGAUGACGGGACAUGUUGUGUCUGGGAUGCUCAGGGACUCAGCAAUGGAGGAGGUUACACGAAAAUGCGUUUAAAAAAAUAAUACAACAAAUUAGAGGGGGGGGAGGAGGGACAGGGAGGACUUGGUGGGCGGGGAGAAAGGUGAAGCAGAGACUUGGACAUUGACUCAGAUGGAGUUGUCUGGGGACUGACUAUCUAUCUAGGAGUUACCAAGAGAAAGCCAAAUUUCUCAAGUGAAACCCUAAGUCUGCGAUCUGUAACCCUGGGUUUGUUCGGUCAAUCACUCUGCUGAGGCAGGCGAUAGAAUGCCAAUUUCUUGUAACUUGAUUGUACAGAGGCAAUCAAGUAAGAGGAUCCUGCUGUUCCAGUGGCCACCCCCCCCCACAUACACCUCACCCCCGAGUUACUUAGACAUUCUGCUUAUCACAGGAUGUCACCUUUCCUCUGCUUCUAGUCCCGGGAGCAUCCCAGAGCCACCAUGUCCUAUCCCUAUCUUCCCUCGCCUGGUGGGAAUGGACGGUAUUCCGUCUCCACUCAACCACUGCAAGGGAAGGGUGCAUCCCGAGACGAAGAGAAUCGAGGGAGAGAAGGAACAGGAAUCACCAGGGGAAUGGGAUUUGCAAAGGGACUGUAGCCAGCGGGGCUCCUUCAGUGGGUUCACAGCUGCUCCAGUCUUGAGGGCAGUGGGACCAGAAACUGGUGAAAAACCGCCGCUCAGUCUGCGCGGUCUAGGCCCCGCCCAUAUAGAAAGCAUGCUCUCCUUUGCUUUUUUGAGGCUCUCUAGUGAAGGAUAGAAGGGUAAAGAGGUGAAAAGGUGGCGGGUCCAAUUUCUGGAGGAGUGGAAGUGUGUGUGUGUGUGUGUGUGUGUGUGUGUGUGUGUAUUUUUGUUUUGUUUUCUUGUGAGACAGUGUCUCACUAGGUUUUCCGGCUGGUUUUGAACUCCAUCUCGAUUCUCUUGCCUCUCACUUUCCCCGAGAGCAGGGAUUACAGGCACGAACACCACACUCAGCUUCAAUUACAAAUCAGGAUGCAAUAAACACCUCUGGAUAAUCUUGCUUCCGCAAUCUGAUGUGCGGAGGCGUGGGGGUGGGGCGUCCAGGGGUUUGUAGGUAAGCCUCGCGCGCAUCCAUGAGGAAGGAGGAGGGCUACUUGCUGUGGGAGCGCCUCUCAGCCUAUGACGCGCGGCUGCGCCAGAAAGUGGCUGUGAAGAAGCUGUCUCGCCCUUUCCAAUCGCUGAUCCACGCGAGGAGGACAUACCGUGAGCUACGCCUACUCAAACACCUGAAGCACGAGAACGUCAUAGGACUUUUGGACGUCUUCACGCCAGCCACAUCCAUCGAGGAUUUCAGUGAAGUGUACCUCGUGACGACCCUGAUGGGCGCCGACCUGAAUAACAUCGUCAAAUGUCAGGCACUGAGCGAUGAGCAUGUUCAGUUCCUUGUCUACCAGCUGCUACGUGGGCUGAAGUAUAUCCACUCAGCGGGCAUCAUCCACCGGGACCUGAAGCCCAGCAAUGUAGCGGUGAACGAGGAUUGCGAGCUGAGGAUCCUAGACUUUGGGCUGGCACGCCAGGCUGAUGAAGAGAUGACUGGAUAUGUGGCUACACGGUGGUACCGGGCGCCAGAGAUCAUGCUGAACUGGAUGCACUACAACCAGACAGUGGACAUUUGGUCUGUGGGCUGCAUCAUGGCUGAGCUGCUGCAAGGAAAGGCCCUCUUUCCUGGAAACGACUACAUCGACCAGCUGAAGCGAAUCAUGGAGGUGGUGGGCACACCCAGCCCUGAGGUUCUGGCAAAGAUAUCCUCGGAGCACGCCCGGACAUACAUCCAGUCUCUGCCUCCCAUGCCCCAGAAGGACCUCCGCAGUGUGUUCCAUGGAGCCAACCCUCUGGCUAUAGAUCUCCUUGGAAGAAUGCUGGUGCUUGACAGUGACCAGAGGGUCAGUGCGGCCGAAGCCUUGGCCCACGCGUACUUCAGCCAGUACCAUGACCCUGACGAUGAGCCAGAGGCGGAGCCCUAUGAUGAAAGUGUCGAGGCCAAGGAGCGCACACUGGAGGAGUGGAAGGAGCUUACUUACCAGGAAGUCCUUAGCUUCAAGCCCCUGGAACCAUCACAGCUCCCUGGCACCCAUGAAAUUGAGCAGUGAGGCAUUGCCUGAGGUGGGGAGACCUGAGCCUGUCCCCUCUCCUCAGCUUUCCGGCUUUCCUCAAGAGGUGCCUCUCAGGCAGCCCUGACACUUAACCUGGGACCCCCUUGCCUUGAGAAAGUCUACACAUAUACACACACGAAUGCACGGAUGUGUACAUAUGCCUGCCAUUAUGUGUUGGAGUCUGGGCAGUAGUGUUUCUGGGCCUACCUUGGUGUACCCAGGUUCUCCCUGGGACCUGUGUGUGGGAUUUGAGUGUGUCCCUGUCCCUGUCCAGAUCUUUUCUGUUCUUGAGGACAAUCUGGAUUGGGAGGAAGGCAAAUGGGCCAGUCCCUGGAGACUCUGAGGGAGGGAGAGUCACUGUGGUUGGAGAUGCUCAACCAAGAAGUGAGUGGCUGAAAGCUGAGGCAGGCCCAGUGCCCUACCCAACUGAGUGGCAUUUCCUCUGGGGAUGGGAAGGCCGAGACCACCAUCGGAUUAUCUAUCUAAUCAGAAAAGCCUGCUGAAGUUUUGUGGUUGCCUGUGAUAUGUGGGCAAAUGGGCAUGAAUGUGCAUCCUGGGAUACACAUCAGAGCAAAUGCAGGCAUGUGCUGGUGUGUAUGAAUCUGUGAACACCUGAGAGCCAGCAGCCAUUUCUGGUAUGGUACCUACGUUGGAGAUAACUCUUGCCCCUUCUCCCCCCAAGUUCCUGAUUUCUUAUGGGUCUUGAAUCCCAGCUGUGAACUAGGCCAAGGCUCUGAGUGGUGCCAAGAUCCAUUAGUUUAAGCAAACGUAGGGUAUAGGAACUGCAGCAGGAUCCUGUGUCACAAGGGCACAGUGCCAGCUGCAGAGCCAAUGAAGUUGGAGGUCUAAUCUGAAGGAUGCUAGGGGGCCAGCACCCACGGAUGUGAACUUGGACAUUCUUGCCCCGGGACCUUGAUUCAAAGCCGACAGAUGUCUGUCCACAUUCUACUCCACCUACCCUUGUAGUUCUGCAGCUGGUCUGGGGUUCUGGGGUUAUGAGUCUCCUCUUCUCUCCCCAUCCCCCAGAGAGGAGCUGACCAAGUAGCUUUCGAGGUAGGGCUCUGUUUGGAAACAUGUUGGGGGUGUGACUCCUCCCUGAAGAGAUGAUGGUCUCUUGCUAUCAGGGACCAGAGGGCUCUGGAUGUCAAGUGCCUGCACCAAGAGUGCACAAUAAAGGGGUUUCCCUCUUGCUCUUGUCUGUGU